CACACGGGUCCUUGGGAGGUGCAGUUGGCGACUGCAUAUUUCUCUGUGGGGCUGCCUUGAGAUCCUCAGGAGUCCAGUGCGGGGUUUCUGCAAACACGUGAAUGAACUGGAUGCCAGCCGCUGCUCCUUGGUGCCCGGAGUGAGAAGGAGGUGCUGCCUGUUGGCAUGCCCCACCAGCCCUCCGUCUGAGCCGAGUGGCCCCCACCCUCCGCCACCCUGCACUGCCCCGGCUCCCCCGCGGCCCCCACACUGCAGUGCGGCCGGGCCCCCUCCCCGAAGGGGCCGCCCCUGCCACCCACCCCUGGUGCCCGGGGCGGCCCAGCCCGCAGGGCCAUGAAGCUGCAGGCUGUGAUGGAGACACUCCUGCAGCGGCAGCAGCGGGCACGCCAGGAGCUGGAGGCCCGGCAGCCGCUGCUGCCUGAGCCCCCUGCUGGCCCCCCAGCCCUCUCCAAGGCUGCCUCGGACGAGGACAGAGACCCCGAGAACACCCGGAUGCAGCAGGCACAGAUGGCUGCCCUGGCCGCCAUGCGGGCCGCUGCCGCUGGCCUCGGAUCUGCACCAAGCCCCAGUGGCUCCGAGGACAGGCCCCCCAGCUCAGAGGACGAGGACGCUGCCCAGGAGGGGCAACCAGGCUCACCUGGUCGAGGCAGGGAGGCGCCAGGUCAUGCCGAAGGCGAUGGGCACUUCGAGGAUGUGGGCUCUGAUGACGACCUGAAGCCAAAAUGGGAAGAGGAGGAAGAGGAGGAGGAAGAGCUGGAGGAAGACUUGGGGGAUGAGGACGAGGAGGACGAGGAGGAAGACUAUGAGGAUGAGGAGGGGCUCGGGCCCCCGGGCUCUGCUGGCUUGGGCCCUGCGGCCCUGUUCACCCACAAGACCCAGCUGCCCCAGGCCUUCCGCGGUGGUGACGGUGGGCCCCGGGUGAUGGGCAGCCAGGAGCGCCCAGGGGCUGGCCCAGCCCACCCUGGAGGGGCUACCCACGUGGUACCCCAGCUGCAGCCUCCUGACCACGGGGACUGGACGUAUGAGGAGCAGUUCAAGCAGCUCUACGAACUGGACGGGGACCCCAAGAGGAAGGAGUUCCUGGAUGACUUGUUCAGCUUCAUGCAGAAGCGAGGGACGCCUGUGAAUCGGAUCCCCAUCAUGGCCAAGCAGGUGCUUGACCUGUUCAUGCUGUACGUGCUGGUGACAGAAAAGGGCGGCCUGGUGGAGGUCAUCAAUAAGAAGCUGUGGCGCGAGAUCACUAAGGGCCUCAACCUGCCCACGUCCAUCACCAGCGCGGCCUUCACCCUGCGGACCCAGUACAUGAAGUACCUGUACCCCUACGAGUGUGAGAAACGCGGUCUCAGCAACCCCAAUGAGCUCCAGGCGGCCAUCGACAGCAACCGGCGGGAGGGCCGGCGCCAGAGCUUUGGGGGCUCCCUCUUCGCCUACUCACCGGGCGGUGCCCACAGCAUGCUCUCCUCACCCAAACUGCCCGUGUCCUCCCUGGGCCUGGCCACCAGCACCAAUGGCAGCUCCAUCACCCCAGCCCCCAAGAUCAAGAAAGAGGAGGACUCAGCCAUCCCCAUCACCGUCCCCGGCCGCCUGCCAGUCUCCCUGGCAGGCCACCCAGUGGUGGCAGCCCAGGCAGUAGCAGUGCAAGCAGCAGCAGCCCAGGCAGCCGUGGCAGCCCAGGCAGCCGCCCUGGAGCAGCUUCGGGAGAAGCUGGAGUCUGGGGAGCCUCCGGAAAAGAAGAUGGCCCUGGUGGCGGAUGAGCAGCAACGGCUCAUGCAGCGAGCGCUCCAGCAGAACUUCCUGGCUAUGACAGCCCAGCUGCCCAUGAGCAUUCGUAUCAACAGCCAAGCCCCUGAGAGCCGCCCAGACUCGGCUGCAAACGUGACCAGCACCAAUGGCAGCAAUAGUAUCAGCAUGUCAGUGGAGAUUAACGGGAUUAUGUAUACAGGAGUGCUGUUUGCUCAGCCACCAGCCUCCACACCAUCCUCGGCUCCCAGCAAAGGCGGUGGUGGCGGCGGCCGGGGAGGAAACAGUGGGACCAGCAGCAGCGUGGGCAGCCAGGCCGGGCCAGCGGGGUUAUCCGCACCCCCUACGUCUUCUACCUCAAAUAAUUCAUUGCCUUAACUGCACCACUCCCCACCCGCCGCCCCCCCCCACCCCAGGAGCUGGUCAGACUGGGCAGGGUGUGGGAAAGGUGGGCCGAGCAGGGCCGGGGUGGUGGAAGAUACGGGUGGGGAGGGGAAAUAUCCACAAAGGAGCCACAGCUAACACCAAAAAUAGAAGAAAAAAUAUAUACAUAUAUAUAAAGAAAAUUUAAUAAAACAGGGGAAAACCAAGGAACACUUGAAUUACUCAGGUUUCAGACAUUCAGAGAGAUGAACUGUAAGAACAGCUAAGGAAAUCAGGAAAGAGAGCGGCAGAUACUUCCCAGGGCUUUCCUGCAGCCCUGGCGGGCCGAUUUGGACUGGCGUCUGGUGUCUGGUUUGGACCAGUUGCAAUGUAAGGCCAGAUCCUGUUUACCUCAUACAUCCCUGCACUGUGUGUUUUCAUUUUUGUCUGUUUUUUUUUUUUUUUUACUUUCUGUUCAUCACACACUCAUCCACUCAUCACACACCCAGCUCCUUGUUUUGAAUGAAACCCCUGAGCCAAGAUCAGUUGAAUUUUUUUUCUUGUUGCUUUUGGGAACUUUUUAUUAUUAUUAUUAUUAUUUUUUAAAGAAAUAGCGAUAUUCAAGCUCUAUAGGGUUUUUAAGAGGUUUGGGGGGUUUUGUUCUGUAAAUGUUCUAUUUUAUUCUUGGGGGAGGAAUCAAACCUUAGGAAAAGGAUAUAUAUCUCUAUAUAUUUGUGUUCAUUCAGGGAAACGGGACUUAAAAAAGGCAAAAAGGAAAAAAAGGUAAUACCCUUUCCAUUUUCCCCGUGACUGAAUUGGGUUCUGUGUGCAUUUCCUGUGCUGCAGUAGGCAGCUAGCAAAGCACAGGACACUGUAUCCCUGGGCUAGAGCCAGAAAAGGUAAUGAACUCAGGUGCUGAGGGCCGGGCUGGAGUGGGGUCCGUGCAGGGGCAAGCCGAGGGGGAACUGGGAAUGUGAAUGCUGAAUGGCAGGCCAAGACGCUCGAUGCUUUUUCUCAUUGUGCCGUGCGUGCUACCUGUCGGGGAUCUGGAAGUCUUAACUAGAAAGAAAGUGCUGGAUAAAGGGCCAGGGCCUGGGCCUGGGCGGGGAUGUGCUGUCAUAGCCUCAGGCUCCUGUCUCAGGGAUGAACAUGGCCUGGGGACUCUCUCUGACCUGGAAGGGCUGCUUUUUUGUUUGUUUGUUUGUUUAAUAUGUUUUUAUUGAUUUCAGAGAAAGAAGGGGAGAGGGAGAGAGAAAAACGUCAAUGAGAGAGAAGCCUCGACCGGCUGCCUCCUGCACACUCCCUGCUAGAGAUUGAGCCCACAACCAGACUUGUGCCCUGACUGGGAAUCCAGCCUCCUGGGUCACAGCCACGCCGGCAGGGCCGAACGGGCUGCUCUGGAAGGCACCUCUGCUCAGCACCGUACCACCAACGCUUUUGAAAGGGCUGCUUUCAAAGACACACGGAUAUCUGGGGACUGGGGUGAGCCAGGCUUAGCUCAGAUUGAGGUUUUUUGAGGCCGUCAUCCCGAACACCCCACCCCUUCCCAUCUCCUUCACUUUGUCCCUUCACACUCUCUCUCUCGGCCCCUUGCAAGGCCACAUCUGCUCUAACUAAAGGAACUAAACGGAGGCCCAUGGGGAGGCCGCACCCGCUCCCAACGUGACCACUCACCCAGGUUAGGAGGUGGUCGUCCGCGGGAGGGCUGGGUGGGGGAUUGAUUUCAGUGGCUGGUGACGGUCUUCACCACGAGGUAGCGCCCUCCGUCCAAAAGCCCAGGCGGGGGUCGAGGGCUUCCUGGGCCCCCCUGCCCUUGCUAGGUCCCUGGGGACCAGGUGGUGCUGAUUGAAAUGGUGCCUCCCACCACCUGGCGCUCUUUCCUGUCACUGAGUUUGCCUGGAAACUCUUAACUGGGCCCUGGCAGCCUGGCCUGGCCUAACGAUGCCAAAAAUGGCAGUGCCCCCCCCCGGCAGCCUCCGGGGUUCCUGAGCCAGGGAUCCCGGACCCAGGGUCAUCUUGUGGCCUUGGGGACCUGGGAGGGGAGAGCAUCCUGAUCCCCCCCCACCCAGUCUGGGUUUGCUCGGGUGUGAUGCUGGGGUGUCUUUGGGGAGAGCCCCUUUCUUUGGUAUAUCUCAGGGUCGAGGACACCCUCCACCUCCCAGGGCAGUGGUGGCUGCAGGCAUGUGGGGUUUCCUCUCUGUUUUUCCUUAUGCAAGAUUCUCCCCGUUUCUUACUGCAGCAGUACAAUCACUGGGGGAGGAGGAUCUUUGUGCCCAGGAGCCGUGAUCCCGGAUGCUCCUUCUCUCUUCUCCCCUGACCUGACCCCCUGGAGCUCCGUGGGGCCCACGUGGGGGUGUCUGCUGCCUGGUUAUUUCUACCUCGGGUCUGACUCUUGAUGCCAAAACCCCUCCCGGCCUGCCCUCCUUGGCUGGCUCAGGGUUUCGGCACAAACCAGUACCUGUCCCCUCCCACCUACGUCGUGGGCGUGUCCACCUGAGAGUCUGCCUGGGUGCUGUCUCUGGUCACAUGAGUGUGUGUGUGUGUGUGUGUGUGUGUCUGCGUGUCUGCGUGUGUUGGGCGUUGUGUCUUGUGGGUGAUACAGCCCCCAGAUCUAACUCAGGGCAUGCCUAUUGUUCAUGGUGA